AAGACAACUGGAUAAAUGAGACUAUUAAACCAGUUUCCAUGGGCGGCGAUAGCGGUUGAAUGACUGAUUACAUGGCAGAAUCCAAGGUGAUCGGAGUGGUCGGCGCCGGCCAGAUGGGCGCCGGGAUAGCUCAACUCGCGGCGGUUUCCGGUGCCGAUGUAUGGCUCCUCGACAAAGACGCCGGAGCUCUCCUCACAGCCAAGAGUUCGAUCUCUGACUCCGUCCAACGUUUCGUCUCCAAAGGUCAACUCUCUAAGGAAGGAGGGAUUAAUGCACUAAGUCAUCUACAAUAUACUUCGAAUCUAGAAGAUCUUCGAUUUGCAGAUAUUGUAAUUGAAGCGAUUGUUGAAUCUGAGGAUGUGAAGAAGAAAUUGUUUGUAGAACUAGACAAGAUGGUUAAAGGGUCUGCCAUUUUGGCAUCAAAUACAAGUUCUAUCUCCAUUACACGUUUGGCGGCCGCAACAAAAAGACCGCACCAGGUGAUCGGCAUGCAUUUCAUGAACCCCCCUCCUAUCAUGAAACUGGUUGAGGUCAUCCGAGGUGCAGAAACAUCGGAUGAGACAUUCGACGCAACAAAAACUUUGGCAGAGAGGUUUGGUAAGAUUGUCGUUUGCUCAAAGGAUUAUGCCGGGUUCAUCGUUAACCGCAUCUUGAUGCCAAUGAUUAAUGAAGCCUUUCAUGCAUUGUAUACCGGGGUCGCAACAAAGGAAGACAUUGAUGCAGGAAUGAAGCUAGGAACUAAUCAGCCAAUGGGUCCUCUACAACUCGCAGAUUUUAUAGGGCUGGAUGUAUGUUUGUCGAUACUAAAGGUUCUGCAAAAUGGGCUAGGGGAUAUUAAAUACGCACCAUGCCCUCUCCUGGUGCAAUACGUUGAUGCCGGUCGACUCGGUAGAAAACGAGGUAUUGGUGUUUACAACUAUCGUAAAUUACCCAAAGAACUGAAACCGUCACCCCGACUUUGAACUUUUUUAUCGGAAAACCUCUGUUCUAUAAGACUAUUAGUAGCAAUAAAGUUCCUAAAUCCAGCAUUGUGUCUGAUACAUUGCUUUGUAUGGCUGGUUACUAAAAGCCAAAAAUACUACAUUCCACAUUAAAUGGAUUUACUUGUAGCGACUAUCUACUGUCUUUUAGGGUGUGUGUGGUACAUGGGACAUGACGGAAUAAAAACUUGUCCCAAGUUUGGUGUGAC